AUGGAGGUUAAUCACGUGGAGGAGAGGAGCAAGAGGGUAAAAGGGAGGGUGGUUUUGAUGAAGAAGGGUGUGUUAGACUUCCAUGACAUCAAAGCCAACGUUCUUGAUCGAGUUCACGAGUUAUUGGGCAAGGGUGUCUCUAUUCAGCUCAUCAGUGCUACUUCUCCAGACCCAGCUAAGGGGUUGCAAGGGAAGCAGGGGAAGGUGGCAUAUCUGGAGAGGUGGGUUUCGACCAUUUCUUCUUUGGUAUCAGCAUCAGACACAGAGUUUUCGGUUACAUUUGAUUGGGAUCAUCAGAAUCUGGGCGUUCCUGGAGCCUUCAUAAUCAGAAAUCAUCACCAUAGUCAGUUCUACCUUAAGACAGUGAUCAUCGAAGACAUUCCUGGACAUGGUCCUGUUAAUUUUGCCUGCAAUUCGUGGGUGUACCCUGCUCAUCGUUAUACCCACGAUCGUGUAUUCUUUUCCAACAAGGCUUAUCUUCCAUGUCAAACACCUGAGCCACUGCGCAAGUUGAGGGAACAAGAACUAAAUGUCCUUCGCGGAAAAGGGGUGGGAAAGCUUAAUGAGUGGGACAGAGUAUAUGACUAUGCGUACUACAAUGAUUUGGGAACUCCUGAUGAUGGUCCUGACUAUGCACGCCCAGUUCUUGGAGGAUCAAAGUUUCCAUAUCCACGCAGAGGAAGGACUGGUCGUCCACAUACCAAAACAGACCCCAAAACUGAGUCAAGAUUGCAUCUUCUGAAUCUAAAUGUUUAUGUGCCAAGGGAUGAACAAUUUGGCCACGUCAAGUUUUCUGAUUUUCUAGCCUACUCACUGAAAUCGGUUGCUCAGGUUUUGCUUCCAGAGAUUAAAUCUUUGUGUGACAAAACCAUUAAUGAGUUUGACACCUUUGAAGAUGUACUUGACAUUUAUGAGGGAAGUUUUAAAAUGCCAAAUGGCCCUAUGGUGAGUAAACUUCGACAACUUGUUCCCUACGAGUUAGUGAGAGAACUUAUCAGGAAUGAUGGUGAGAGAUUUCUUAAAUUCCCCGUGCCCGAUUUGAUCAAAGAAAGCAAGACUGCAUGGAGGACAGAUGAUGAAUUUGCAAGGGAAAUGCUUGCAGGGGUUAACCCUGUUAUUAUUCGUCGUCUCCAAGAAUUUCCCCCAGCCAGCAAGCUAGAUCCCAAACUCUAUGGAGACCAAACUAGCUCCAUCAGGGAAGCACACAUAGCAAAUAGUUUGGAUGGACUCACAAUAAAUGAGGCAAUUCAAAAAAUGAGGCUAUUUAUAUUAGAUCACCAUGACGCGUUGAUGCCAUACAUAAGUCGAAUAAACUCUACCAACACAAAGACUUAUGCCUCCAGAACGCUCUUGUUUCUACAAGAUGAUGGUACACUAAAGCCAUUAGCUAUAGAGUUAAGUUUACCUCAUCCACAAGGGGAACAACAUGGAGCUGUGAGCAAAGUUUUUACUCCAGCACAAGAGGGAGUUUCGGCUUCAGUGUGGCAGUUAGCAAAAGCUUAUGCAGCCGUGAAUGAUUCAGGAUAUCAUCAAUUGGUUAGCCACUGGUUAUACACUCACGCAGUAAUUGAACCGUUCAUAAUAGCCGCACAUAGACAAUUGAGCAUUCUUCACCCAAUACACAAGCUUUUGAAGCCACAUUUCAGGGACACAAUGCAUAUAAAUGCCUUAGCUCGACACACACUCAUCAAUGCUGGAGGGGUGCUAGAGAAAACAGUUUUUCCUGGUAAAUUUGCCUUGGAAAUGUCAGCUAUUAUAUACAAAAGUUGGGUAUUCACCGAGCAGGCACUUCCUGCUGAUCUUCUUAAGAGGGGAAUGGCAGUUCCCGAUUCAAGUUGUCGUCAAGGACUUAGGCUUGUGAUAGAGGAUUAUCCGUUUGCUGUGGAUGGGUUAGAAAUUUGGGAUGCGAUUGAAACUUGGGUGACUGAAUAUUGUAACGUCUAUUACACAUCUAAUGAUAUGGUUGAGGGUGACUACGAACUACAGAAGUGGUGGAAUGAAGUACGUAUUGAGGGUCAUGGUGACUUAAAAGAUAGGGAAUGGUGGUCAGAGAUGAAAACGAAAGAGGAUCUGAUUCAAUCAUGCACCAUUAUCAUCUGGUUGGCUUCUGCAUUCCAUGCAGCUGUGAAUUUUGGACAAUACCCUUUUGCUGGCUACCUUCCAAAUCGUCCAACAGUGAGUCGAAGGUUCAUGCCUGAGCCAGGCACCCCGGAGUACGAGGAGCUUAAGUCAGAUCCUGACUUGGCAUUCUUGAAAACAAUCACUGCCCAGUUCCAAACCCUCCUUGGUGUGUCACUAAUAGAAGUUUUGUCCAGGCACUCUACUGAAGAGGUUUACCUUGGGCAAUGUGAAAACCCUGAAUGGACUUUAGAUGCUGAGCCAUUGGCAGCAUUCGAGCGUUUCAGACAAAAGUUGUUGAAAAUUGAAAACAAUAUUGUGGAAAGGAACAAGGACAAGAUAUUGAAAAACAGAAAUGGACCAGUGAAGAUGCCUUACACACUUCUCUUCCCCAACACUUCAGAUUAUUCAAAGGAGGGUGGACUCACUGGCAAGGGAAUCCCGAACAGUAUAUCCAUCUAA